GCCCCGCUAACUUCUGGGUUGGCCCACAGACUCUACUGCAGCUCUGUUGAUGGACCCUGUGCUGUCUCUCCUCAGAUCUCAGAGAUGGGGAAGGACUCGCUCCCUUCCUGGCUGCACUGGGACUCCAGCAGCAGACUCCUGCAGGGUCUUCCUCUGGAGGAGGACAAAGGCGUCCAUUACAUCUCUGUCUCUAUCUCCAACCACACAAAAUCCUCCUUUUCCUCUGAGGUGUUUUCCAUCUAGGGUACAACCCUGAAGACCACCGUGGACGCAGAUUCGGCUCAGCUGGUCUCCAACCAGGCGUCCACUGUGGAGGACGUGCAGCCGUUCAUGUGUAGCAACGAGGAGCCGGUGACGGUGCUGACGGUGAUCCUGGACGCGGAUCUGACCAAGAUGAGCUCCGUACAGAGGGUGGAGCUGCUGGAGGACAUGAGGGGCUUCUCCGGGGUCGGGCUGACACACAUGAAGAUACUGCCUGUGGUCAACAACCGGCUGUUUGACAUGUCCGCCUUCAUGGCCGGGCCCGGGAACGCCAAAAAGGUGGUGGAGAAUGGCGCCCUGCUGUCCUGGAAGCUGGGCUGCUCCCUGGACCAGAGCUCAGUCCCGAAUAUCAACAGCGUCCAGGGUCCGGCGAAGGAGGGCAGCAUGUCGGCCAGGCUGGGCUACCCAGUGGUGGGGUGGCACAUCGCCAACAAGAAGCCCCACAUCCCUAAACGGGUGAGGCGCCAACUAAACAACACCCCGACCCCCGUUCUGGCGGUGCUUCCUCCGACUACGGUGGUGGAGCCUCCGGUGAGGAUCGUCCCAACCCUUUCCUCGCCCUCUAUUGCUGCCCCGACCGAGAGCUCCGCCCCCCCCGUAAGAGGCCCCGUCCCCCUGCCAGCCAAGCCAACCAUCAAAGUCCUGCAAUCCAUCGCCCACACCCCAACACUGGGACCCCCUCAACCAACAAGGGUCAUGGAGACCACCAGCACCCUCCCUAUCCAGCCCACCAUGACCAGGCCUACGUAUGUAGAGGCGACUGUGACCCCACCCAUACCUACAAGAAAACCUACUAAGAAACCCAGGAGACCCAAAUCCACACCCUCACCCAGGGAGCCAAAGACCACCACAGCAAAGCCGCCAAGGCGUACAACACCCUCCCCGGGGGUCCUGAUCCCAGACCCAGCCAACGAGAAGCCCGUCCUGCGUAACCCCAUCGACCAGGUCAAUGCUUUAGUGGGAACCUACUUCGAAGUCAAGAUCCCGUCGGAUACAUUCUUUGACAAAGAGGAUGGGACAACUGACAAGCUGCGUCUAACUCUGAGACAGAAACACAACGAGGUGGUUGGGGAGACCUCCUGGAUCCAGUUCAACACCACCAGUCAACUCCUGUACGGGCUGCCUGAUGCCCAGCAUGUGGGCAAACACGAGUAUUUCAUGCAGGCAACGGACAAAGGCAGCCUGAAUGCUAUUGAUGCGUUUGAGGUGCGUGUGAACCGCUGGCCUGUCAAUGAUAAAUCCCCUGUCAUCUUCACGGCCCGGUUCGAAGGUGAGCCGCGUUCAAUAACAAACGACAUCCACAAGAAGAUCCUCCUGGUCAAGAAGCUGGCCUACGCACUGGGAGAUCGCAACAGCAGCACAGUUAGUCUCCGAAACAUCACCAAAGGGUCCAUCGUGGUGGAGUGGACGAACACCAGCCUCCCUCAGAACCCCUGUCCAAAGGAGCAGAUAGCCAUCCUGAGUAGGACGCUGGCCAGUGCUGACGGAAAACCCUCCCAGACUUUCAGGUACUCCAUGGAUCCUGAGUUCAGACCUCUGGACGUCCAGGUGAAGGGACGGGCAAGCUGCAGGACUUUCUCCUUCAUUCCACCCGGAGAGAUCAAUAUCCCAGAACCCCCUGCGGUCACUCCGGCUCUGGGAACGGGCCGGCAGAGCACCGAUGACGUUUAUCUGCACACCGUCAUCCCCGCCGUAGUGGUGGCAGCCAUCCUGUUGAUCGCAGGCAUCAUCGCCAUGAUCUGCUAUAGGAAGAAGAGGAAGGGCAAGCUGACCAUCGAGGAUCAGGCCACCUUCAUCAAGAAGGGCGUGCCCAUCAUCUUCGCCGAUGAACUGGAUGACUCUAAGCCGCCUCCCUCUUCCAGUAUGCCCCUGAUACUGCAGGAAGAGAAACCCCCCCUGCCCCCUCCGGAGUAUCCCAACAUGGCCACGCCGGAGACCACCCCCCUGAACCAGGAGCUGCUGGGGGAGUACACCGCCCUGCGGGACGAGGACCCCAACGCGCCUCCCUACCAGCCGCCGCCCCCCUUCACCACUCCCAUGGAUGGCAAGGGCUCCCGUCCCAAGAACAUGACCCCCUACAGAUCUCCACCCCCAUACGUACCUCCUUAAGACAUGCUCCACCCUCCCCUCGCCGGGUGGAGGGAGAGGACACCUGAGGAACUGUGACUGUUUCCAUUCUGGUGUUUGUCUGUCUGGGCUUUUACAGGGAGGGAUGACAAGAGGUGCUAAAGUACAAAACAGCUACAGGGGAGUCUGGUUUGGGAGGGAGCGUCAUGAGGUGGGUGGGGUUUAACAGUAGACAAUGGGAUUGGUUGAAUCAACUGGGAGGGACUACUGAUCCAGUGGUAGACCAGCUACUACAGUGGCCUAAAGACAAACAAAUUCUCGACCCGCCGUCUUUCCGGCCGACUCGUCGGUCAGGAGCGGUGAUUGGGAGUGGUGCUCUCCCAUCCCAGCAUUCAUUUUUGCUCAUUUUAAAAACCGGAUUUUAUUCAGUUUUUCAUCAUUACCCCGAGGUUAUUAUCUUUUUUUCUUGACUGAAGUGUUUGCUAACAAGUCUUCUCGGUCUUGCUUUUUAAUAAUACGAAAAGACAGCAAUCUGCCAUCAGACCUUUAGGCAUCAAUCCGGGUUUUUAAUAAAGAGUGAGACCCUCUGAAUAACAAAAUCACACGACGGAUCUCACAUCAGCCUGCAGACUGUGUGUGUGUGUGUGUGUGUGUGUGUGUGUGUGUGUGGUUGUGUGUGUGUGUGUGUGUGUGUGUGUGUGUGUGGUGUGUGUGUGUGUGUGUGUGUGUGUGUGUGUGUGUGUGUGUGCUGUGUGUGUGUGUGUGGUGUGUGUAGUGUGUGUGUGGGUGUGUGUGUGGUGUGUGUGUGUGUGUGUGUGUGUGUGUGUGUGUGUGUGUGUGUGUGUGUGUGUGUGUGUGUGUAUGAGUGAAUGAGUGCUUGUGUUGAUUCAGAUUCAAUAUGGUUUGCCUUCUAACACCAGUUAUAUCCUUUUUCACAAUGUCUGGUAAAGAGGAGAAUAACAAGGUAGCCUAAAAAGGAUUUAGAGAUGACUAAUAAAUCAUUUGUUUGUUUAUUGGUUUGAAUUCACUGUAUAUCUGGAAGAUAGAUCGUGUUAUAUUUUUUGGUGGUGAAAGAAAAGGACUGCCUCACUGAAAUGACCUGCAGGAUAUCUUUUUCCUGUUCCAUAUAAAUAUAGAUGAACUGCUGUCCAUUGGAGGAAAUAGGAGAUGUCUUUAUCCCCUCUGGCUGGGGUCAAUAAACUAUUAAUAAACUACUGUUUUUUAUCAUGAAAGAGAUUAUUCUAAUAACGUGUUCAGGCUGAGUCUGGAUGCUUAAUGUAAAGCUGUAUGCAGAUGUCCACAAUGAGACUUGGAUCUGGAGACAGAUUUAGCCAAGGUUCACAGCAAUGCCAUGUCCGCCCUUUUCUACAAACACAGGACAGGAAAAGGACCCCUCCAGUUUAUUUUGGUCCAGGGAUAGUUAUUUUUGUACGUAACCAGUCAGUUAUUCUCCCGGUCAGAGGCGGGGUUUGUGUCUCCGAGAGGUUCAAAGACCUGUCAAGGAAUUGGCUCUCCUAAAAACGGUCAAUCUCCUUCUCAUUUUUUACCAAGUUUUUGAUACAGCCUCAAACUGUUUGAUUAUUAAAAUAAAAUGAAUGAUUAGUCUUCAGUGAUUUGUAAAAUCUUAGCCUAGAAGUUAAACUAUGAUUCAGUUAUGUACACUUUGUUUCCUUGGGUCACAUAUUUCAAGUGUUUUAUUUUACUGUGUGUGAGUUUGCAUAUCGCCACUAUACAAAGAUGGAAUGACCCAUAUUUUAUGUAAUCACAAAGUUUAUUUUUAUGUCCUUAUGUUUGCUAAUGAUUUCAUCAGAAAGAGACCCUUUGCAAUAAUAAUGUAAGGCGCAGUCCGACACCACUGACACAAGGUCGCUGGUCUAUGCAGGAUGCCAAGGCAUUUUGCUUAUCGAGUGUGCAUUGUCAUAAUAAAACCAACUGGUACGAUAAAACAGA